GCCGUGUCUUGAGGACUCGGCGUGGGGUCUGAUGUGUGCUGCUGUUUGUGGACUGUGUGCUGCGUGGGACGUGAGCCUGUAUGCAGAUGUGGGCGUGGGGCAAGAGACCCACAGGCAGCAGACUGGGCAGCCGAGGGCCCCACAGCCCUGCCCUCAUCCUGUGACCUACCCCCUGCCAUUCCACCUACCUCUACUUCCCAGAGGACCCAGCCCCAAACCAGCCUUCCCUCCUGUCCAACUGCACCCCCAACCCUGAGCCCCACGCCCACCCAGGACAGUUUCCUUUCUCUGCCAUCUGGCCCCGAGUGUCAUAAGUCCCCUCUUUGCUGUGGGAGAUGGGUAUCCCUGUGACCCUCCUGGAGGGAGGACUGGCUGGAGAUUUCCCCACCUGAGGCCUCCAUAGCUACAGCAAGGAGCACUGCCAGGGUCCAGGCCCACGUCCAGGCAAAGGGCUGAAGGGAGGGCACAGCAUGCAGGAUGGGAAGACCCAGGACUUGGGAGAGGACUGGGGAGACUAGACCACUUGGCCUCAAGGACCCAGGCUUUUUUCAGGGAGGGAGGAAUGAUCUGACCAGACUGACCUCUCCAAGGCCACUCUGGCUGUGAGGGGGAUAGGAGGUGGUCAGCAAGGAGGCUGUGGCAGUGGUCUGAGGGCUUGACCCUGUGAACUGGGGGAUGGCCAGUGGAGGAGAGUGCUCAGUGCCAGGCCCCAGUGGACAUCAAUGCCCUUCGCUUCCUGUCUUUCCAAACCCCCUCCCCACUGCCAGAGUGAACUCAGUCCUUCAAAUGAGGCCCAGGGGUCCUGGAGUGACCCCCAAGGACCCAGUUCCAUGCCCAGUCCCCCUCUUCCAGCACAGUGGGUCUGGGAGGUGCAUUUCAUUCUGGGCCCACUAGGCGGCAGCAGAGACCCACACAGGUAGGCCAACCAGCCUGGGCACCAGGCUCUCCUGGAAGCCCUGGGAGGGAGCCUGGGGGUCUGGGGUCUCUUCCUGUCAGGUACACUUCAUUCUAGAAACAGCUCCUGUCAAGCCACUGAGUUUCGGGGUGGUUCCCUCUGGAGCAGCCAGAAGCUGACAAUGAGACAACGGACAAAGAAAAGAGCAGUGUGUGUGUGUUAGUAAGACAACUGCCGGGCUAAGCACAGACCAGGGGCUGGGCGGCUGCAGGGCGUGGGGCAGGGGCAGAGCCCGUCCGCAUUCCUGUCUGUGGGAUGCGUGCCUGGGGUGACCCCGAGCUUUCUGGCUGGAGUGAGAAGGUGGAGUGCCUUGUGGAGACAGGGAGCGCUGUGCGUGCAGCAAAGACAGCAGCAGGGUCUGUUCGAGAAACGCUGGUUGAAGUGCCUCCCAGAAAGCCGUGCAGCAGUGCUGGAUAGGAAACAGCAGUUCGGAUUUCAGGGAGGGUCCUGGCAAGAGAUGACUCGAGCAGCCAGCCUUCCUUGGUAUUGAGGACUUGAUAAUGGAGACCACCUGGGAGUAUGAGUGGUUAGAGAGCCAACAGGUGGGGACCACCAAGGGAGGCAAGGAAAGAAUCAGGUGGUGGUAGGGCUGGGCCAAGGGAGGAAUGUGAAUUAAGGACGAGUUGCCCGUCUCUAUGUGCUUCUGUGGUGGCUGUGACACCAUAAAUGAGAGCCAUGGUCUCACUGUUUCUUCCUCCGUCAAACUUUCACCUCCAGCAUGCAACUCCUGACCACAGGAUGGCUGCUGGGUCCGGGAUUACUGGUGAGUUGCAGGGUGGCUCCCCGUGCAGCAGCCAAAGCAAGAGGUCAGCGUCUGAGCUGAGUCUCGAUGCUAAGCUCCAGGCGUCACGGGUGCACCCCAACAGAAUCUGUUCCUGGCUUUCCCAGCCUCUAGAAGGCCCCCCUCCCCGGCACUCUGAGGCUCUGCCACAAAGCACAGGGCUCACCUGUCCCUGCGGUGAUCUCUCUGCCUUCAUGGCCACACUGUCUUCUCCCACCUGACCUUCUUGCUCCCUCUUACAGGACCCUUGGGAUUACACUGGGCCUUAGAAUAACCUGCCAUCUCAGGAACCUUAGUCGCAUCUGCCAAGUCUCCUCUGGCAGGCCAGGCCACAUACACACAGGUUCUGGGGAUUAGGAUGUGGGCACCCUCUGGGCAUCAUUCAGCCCAACAGUGCCCCCGCAAAACAGCUGGAGGUCCUCGAGUCCCCACCAAUACCAGCCCAAAUCUCAGAGAAGCCUCUCCAGCUCACCUGUUUCAAACCUCAUCCUCAAAAUCACCUACGUGAGCCACGGAUGAGGCUCCAGCUAAGAAAGAGGCUGAGCGGGAUGCCACUGUGGGGAGGCCACAUUGCGGCAGACCUGGCCUAGCAACAGCGGCCCCAACAAGCCUCGCACAGCGCGGGGCCGGCAGCACCCGGUAAACCCAGCCCGCGUGCCCUGCAGCACCCCUGCGCCAGGUGCUUCCAGUCCCGGGGGCACCCCUUGGAGGGCCACCGAGAGGACGAGUCCUCCGCCUGCCUAGAGCGUCCCGGAAGUGGCUGGGGAGCGGCGAGGCGCGGGCUGGAGAGAGCGGUGUGGCGGCACUUCCGGCCGACCGCGGCGGCCCGGACACAGUCUCCAGGAUACUCGUCUUUCGCAUCUUUCUCCCGCAUUCCGCCCUUGCCCGCAGACAAGCACAGUCCGCCGGCGGAAGGACCUUUCUUAACAUCCUCGGCCUGAAUGCCUCGGGCCCUUUUCUAAGGCAGUGUGCUUCCGCACACGCAGGACGGGAUCUGAGCGUGCAUGAGCCCCUCUCUCCUGCCUCAGCUCUGUCCUGUCCGCAGCCCCCAGUGUGUUGCCCACCCUUGGGCUCAGGUGGAUACUUGAAGUGUUGGUCACUGGCCUCGUGGUGUCAGUACUUCCUUUGAAGUUGCAAGGCUAGAAGCCACCUGAAUAUCUCGCCAUGCCUUGUUGUCUUGAGCUUAAAGUUCCAGAAGUAGUACCUUAAUUUCAUUUCUGAAGGAAGCAUUUUGUCUUGCAAGCCAGACAGCAGUGUUUUCAGCCACCUUGUAUCGCCUGCAAAGUUCUGCACACCAAGCACCAAGAAACAUUUAUGAUAGUCCAUAUCUGGUGCUGAGCCUCCUCCAGAAAUUAGUCGGCCCCUCACAGGUUCCUGUGUGAUUCCACAUCUCCCCCAGUUUCAUUUUAGAAAUCCUCCUGAGGCUGGACUGCAGCCUUGAUUGCCGCCUGUUCCACAGUGAGAGGCGCCUACGGUGCCGUGUGUGCUGUGCGAGGCAGGGUGCACACUCACACUCUACUGCGCAAAAGCACCAGUACUACCAGGAGCAGACCAGGAGGCCAACUCAGAUGGGGAAGGACUUGCUUAGAGUUCCUGAAGCAUUGUGGGUGAGACACCAUUGUGGACCCUGGAGAAAAGCCCCUCACUUAUACCACAGAACCUUCAUGAGCUUGAGGCCGGGCCUUAUUUGAGGAAGUUCUGCCACUGUCCUGAGACAAAGGCUGAGGACCCAGCCACACCAAGCAGUCUGGGGCAGACCGAUUCUGGACAUUUCCCCUGCAGAGAGGACCAGCAGCUGACCACUUUGUCAGAAGCUGACGCCUGAGCAGUCCAGAACCUGGAUGCCUAGGGGAAGCUGAGGCAAGAAGCUGCUGCAGGUAGAAGGUAGAGCCAAGGAAGGACUGGUCUUGAGCCCAGGAUUAGUAGAGAGGAGAGGGAGAACCUGAGGCACAGAGGGGAGCCAGGGUGGGAAGGAGAGGCAGCAGGCCAGUCUUCCCCUCCCAUGGCCUCUAAGCAGGCUGCUGUGAAGGGCAGAGGGGGAAAGCGGAAGCGGGUGGUGCUGACCCUGAAGGAGAAGAUUGACAUCUGCACACGCCUGGAGCGGGGUGAGAGCAGGAAGGCGCUAAUGCAGGAGUACAACGUGGGCAUGUCCACCCUGUACGACAUCAAGGCCCACAAGGCCCAGCUGCUCCGGUUCUUCGCCAAUUCUGACUCCAACCAGGCGCUGGAGCAGCGGCGCACGCUCCACACACCCAAGCUCGAGCACCUGGACCGGGUGCUGUAUGAGUGGUUCCUGGUGAAGCGGGCCGAGGGCAUCCCUGUGUCCGGCCCCAUGCUCAUUGAGAAGGCCAAGGACUUCUAUGAGCAGAUGCGGCUGACUGAGCCCUGCGUGUUUUCUGGAGGGUGGCUUUGGCGCUUUAAGGCCAGGCAUGGCAUUAAAAAGCUAGACGCAUCCAGUGAGAAGCAGGUUGCUGACCACCAGGCGGCCGAGCAGUUCUGUGGCUUCUUCAGGAGCUUGACCACUGAGCACGGGCUGUCUCCUGAGCAGGUUUACAGCGCCGAUGAGACCGGCCUCUUCUGGCGGUGCUUGCCAAACCCCAGCCCAGAUGGUGGGGCAGUGCCCGGCCUCAAGCAGGGCAAGGACAGACUAACUGUCCUGAUGUGCGCCAAUGCCACAGGUUCCCAUAGAAUCAAGCCCUUGGCCAUUGGGAAGUGUCGCAGUCCCAGGGCUUUCACAGGUAUCCAACACCUGCCCGUGGCCUACAAGGCCCAGGGUAAUGCCUGGGUGGACAAGGAGAUCUUCUCAGAUUGGUUUCAUCGCAUCUUUGUCCCCUCGGUGAGAGAACACUUUAGAACGAUAGGUUUGCCGGAAGACAGCAAGGCCAUUCUGUUGCUGGACAACUCCCGGGCCCACCCCCAGGAGGCCGAGCUGGCGUCUGAUAACAUUUUCACCAUCUUCUUGCCUGCCAGUGUGACCUCGUUGAUCCAGCCCAUGGAGCAGGGCAUUCGAAGGGACUUCAUGAGGCACUUUAUCAACCCUCCCGUGAGCCUGCAGGGCUUCCACCCGCGGUAUAGCAUGAACGAUGCCAUACUCAGUGUGGCCUGUGCCUGGAACGCUGUGCCCGGCCACGUCUUCAGGAGGGCCUGGAGGAAGCUGUGGCCCUCAGUCACGUUUGCCGGAGGCUCUUCCGAGGGCGAGGAGGAAGAGGAGACCGAGCGCUGCAGCACCAAGCCGCACAACAAGGCCUUCGCUCACAUCCUCGAGCUCGCGGGGGAGGGCCCCUUCUGCCCGGGCCGCAGGCCUCUGCCCGGCACCGGGAGGGCAGUGGAGGAGGCGCCCGCUGCUGCGCUGCUGACCGAGGCCGACGGGGACGCAGGCCAGGUGGAGACGGAGGCUGGGGAGGAGGCCGAGUCCCGGGUGGCCUGGGAGCAGGCAGCCGCAGCCUUCCAGGCGCUCCUGCACUUCGCCGAGCGGCAGCCCUGCUUCAGCUCACAGGAGGUGGGGCAGCUGCAGGCGCUGCACUCCGCCUUCAGGAGGCAGCUACAGCUGAGGGCCGCAGUGAAGCUCGAGGCCCUCCAGGAUGGCCCUGGUGGGUGCAGGGCCACAGCCCACCCCGACUUGCCCUGCUCAUCCACAGCCGGUGACAACUGAUGGCUGUCAUCGCACCCAUUUGGCCCCUGGAAUGUGUGCUCAGUCCUGGGA